AUAUGGCUUCCAUCGUAGUGAAGUAUACAAUGUAUGUCUAAAAGAAAAUGACCUAAAAUCGUGCACAAGAAGUAAACAGGUUCGGUGAUCAGUAAUGGGGACGGGAGCUAGUGCAUCAAGGCAGCAGUGGACCGCAGCUGAUGAAGAUAAUACGGCUGUUGAAGAUGUAAGACCGCGUACGGCCGCAAACGCGAACCUUCCAACAAACGACAUGACUGGAAUGACGAAACUAGUAGAAGCUAAAAACAAGUUUUUGAAGAUCAAAAGUAAAGAGAAGAACACGGCGUGUUUCCAAAAACAGCUUGAUGGAACAGAUAUUAUCAAAGAACUCUACAAGCGCAUGGACCCAACUGUGACACAACCUGACACAGGAGAUAUCAAAGGAGAUAUACAACUCUCUCUCAAGUACAAUCACAAACAACAGCUUUUACUGGUUAAAGUCAUUCGAGCUAGAGACCUUGUUCCUAGAGAUCUGAAUGGAAAAUCAGACCCAUAUGCUGUGUUAGAUCUUGUCCCGGAUGUAAAUGGGGAAGGACAGAAAAAGACUGGGUACAAAUCCAAGACACUCAACCCUGUGUUCAAUGAAAUAUUUUCAUUCCAAUUGGAUCAUUCACGCAUAGCAGACACAAAGCUAAGAGUGGCUGUUUGGGACCAUGAUUUUUUUGGUGAAGAUGACUUCAAUGGUGAAGGUGUAGUGGACUUAUCUGCAAUCAGUCUUAACACUGGAACUCAUACCGAUUGGUUUAUGCUUCAACUUGCGACUGAUUUCAGCAUCAAAGGAGAAUUAGAAAUCAGUCUUGAAUAUGAAGAACCUGAAACUCUGAUAGUAACCAUCCACAAAGCAUUCAACAUCAAGGCUGGAAACACGCUGAGGAACACCUCUGAUGCCUUUGUCAAGUGUGCAAUUUCUGGAACUAGUUUUCAAUAUGAAACUGAGGUUGUUAGUGGUACGUUGUUUCCAGAAUUUGAAGAAACGUUUGAAUUCACUGUUCCGCCUGAGGAGUUUUCGUCGAGGGCUGUGCUGUUUCACAUUUUCGACAAGGAAACUGUUGGUAGCAACAAUUCACUUGGACAAGUCAACAUAGAGCUAAAGUACUUAGACUUGGAUGAGCCAAUCAGAAAACGAUACCCUCUAGCUGAUCUGAAAAAUGAAUCUUACAAGAGAGCAGAAUGGGCACAGAAUGCCGUAGCUCAGGAGUUCAGGGAGGCCAUGUACGCGCAUGCGUUGUACAGACAUCCCAUUUUCUUGCGUGGUAUCGAAACUAAAGGGCGGAAGUUGUACUCAUUGAGCAGUCGCAGCGCCGGUUCAUCCUCCAAAGUGUUCCUGGUCAAUGGCAUACCCGGUUAAACUAACCGUCGUUCUUCUUGGAAGUCUUUUUUAUGACCUAUCAGAGAACUAAGAAGCUUUAACAUCCUUACUUGCAAACGCACAUACGUGUCCUAUCAAUGGCCUUAUUUAGAUACUCCUGUAGCUAAACUCAGUUUCUUUUGAGCUGAAUUGUUCGGAGCACUCUUCGAGUACGUUAUUUUCGCGCGUGGAAAAAGGUAAACUAUAUGUAAAUAGCGAUAUGGACAUGUAGGUAUCUUGAAAUUUUAUUAUCGCUUCGGUAAGUUGUUUUCAGGACUUUGAAUAGUUAAAUUCCGUCUGUAAUGUUAAAUGUAAUGAACCAAUCGAAUUCAUGUUUCUCCGCUCGAUCUUGUUCAACACUUUCAUGACUACGAAUCGACUUAAACCCCACUCACUCUUUCCACCAAUGUCAUUGUUAAUAACUCACUGUUUCAACAAAAGCCAGCUUGUGGACCGCCGCCUACAAGCAUUCUUACCACCGUCUUUUGAACCUGCGGGCUUGGUUUUUCGUGACGGCCGUUUCCUCGGCGGGUACAGCCGCUUAUUACAGCAGCAGUAGUUUAACCCCUGAGAGUGACUAGUUUCUAAUUUCUCCUCACAAUAUCUCUCCUAAAUCACACACUAAGGUUAGGAGAAUAAUGGAAAUGAUCAACAACUACAGAGGUUCUGGAUCGUUAAGCUAAUUCUCCUUGUCAGCGCCUUAGGAAAUGUAUAGAGAACAGUACGGAGAAUAUACAUACUGAUAUUAGUGUGUAAAGGGUUGAGGAAAAAGUUAUUUAUAGACCCCUGUAAAGUAGUAUCCGAGGUUGGUUUUCACCUCCUCGUGAGAGACAUGUAUUAGUUAAGUUCUAGUUUCUAGUGAUGUUUAUUAUUUAUUUUUAUGAUUAUUUAUAGUCACUGUUUCUUAUUAAACGCUUUUUUUACGUCA